UGCAGUAAACGGAGCACGAACCCAGGAAGAGAGAAAAAUGGUUGCUGAUGUUGAGGAAUGAUGAAAAAUCAGUCUCGAGGUCAAGAUUAAAUUUAUUGGAAUGGACUCACGUUUUCUCACGCUAAUGCUUUGCUGUGGUGCAUUGCUGGCAUUACUAAUGAAAGCAGAUAGACAAACAUGAUUUGGAACGCAGAAGACAGUUGACUUCAAGUUCAAUGAUAUGACCAUCUACAUGCCUAACAUCCAAAACAAACAUUACACUAUGGAGCACUACGUUUUGUCACUCCAAUUUUGCUGUGGGGAAAUGUACUGAUUCACAAUGUUUUACACAGUGACAGUCAUUUGUUGAUAACCAAACAAACCCUAUUCUCACAAUACCAAAGUGUGUGCUUCAGUUAGUCCUCCAUCAAAAUGUUUUCUGCACUGAAGAAGUUGGUUGGCUCCGAGCCUGUGCCACCAAAAGACAAGAACAUCCCUGCAGGUCUUCAGUCAAUGAACCAAAGCUUACAAAGGCGCUUUGCAAAGGGUGUUCAGUACAACAUGAAAAUUGUUAUUCGUGGAGACAGAAACACUGGGAAGAGCACCUUGUGGCAACGACUUCAGGGACAGAAGUUUGUGGAGGAGUACAUCCCUACUCAGGAGAUCCAGGUCACUAGCAUCCACUGGAGUUACAAAACAACUGAUGACGUGGUCAAGGUGGAAGUGUGGGAUGUGGUGGAUAAAGGCCAAAAAUAUCCUCUUCCUGAAGGUGUAGGAAAAGGAAAAAAGAAAGGUGAUAACCUGAAAUUAGAGAAUGAACCACAAGAGCAAUCAGACAAAGAAGUGGCUUUGGACGCAGAAUUUCUGGAUGUUUACAAGAACUGCAAUGGAGUGAUCAUGAUGUUUGACAUCACCAAACAAUGGACGUACAACUACAUUUUACGAGAGCUACCGAAAGUGCCCAACCACGUGCCGGUGUGUGUCCUCGGCAACCACCGUGACAUGGGUGAACACCGCGUCGUUCUGCCGGACGACAUCCGCAAUUUCAUAGCGGACCUUAACAGGCCACUGGGCUCAUCUUACAUUCACUACGCCGAGUCCUCCAUGAAGAAUGGAUUUGGCCUCAAAUAUCUACACAGAUUUUUCAACAUUCCUUUCUUACAACUACAGAGGGAGACUUUGUUGCGGCAGCUCGAGACCAAUCAGCUGGACAUUGACGCUACGCUGGAGGAGCUGUGUGUGCAGCAGGAGACGGAGGACCAGAACUACGAGAUCUUCCUGGAGAUGAUGGACUCUCGCGGUAAAGGGUACAGCUCCCCUGGCCGUGCCAAUGGACAGAGCCCGUCCUCAGGGUCCCAGUCCCCCGUCGUCCCCCCCAGCAGGGACUCCACGGACAGCUCCAGCCCCGGCACUCCGCAGCCCCCCGUCCCGGCCCAGGCGCAGCAAUCUCCCCCGACCUCCUCUCCGUCCUCCCCACCCGAGCCCUCCAGCGCAGCGGCGUCACCACCUCCUCCGGCCGACCUCCAGUCUCCUGAGCGGCCAGCGCCCGCCCCCUCCCCUUCCUCCUCCUCCUCCUCCUCCACAGCACCUGUUGCACCCGUGGCCGCCCCACCCCAGAAGCGUGGCAUCAUAUCCCGGCUGUUUGGAUCGUCCCCCGCCCCGGAACCCCCUGCUGCCAAGCCAGAGCCUCCUGCUCCAGUGUGUCCAGAGAAGGUUCAUAAUGUGGAUGACUUUGUGCCAGAUGAGGGGCUGGACCGGAGCUUUCUGGAGGAAAGCAUCCCACCCAAAGCCAGUGUGGCUCCCCCACCCUCGGCUCCACUGGACAGUGACAGUGAUGGAGAAGGCCAAGGGGGAAACCCAAUGGUGGCGGAGUUUCAGGACGACCUCGACCUUGAUGACAAGGAGGCUUCACUCCCACUCCCAAGCGUUUCAAUCCCUAGCAAAGACCUCACAUUAUCUAGUGACGAGGACGAAUCGCAGCCCAAAGUCACCGUUGCUUUGGACGAGGAUCUGGAACCAGAGCUCCAAAAUCCCCUAGAGGACUUGAGUUCGCUGAUUCUGCACAGCCAGAGCACAGCUCCGGAGGCGAUGCCUACCCUCGCCACCCACGCUGAGCAGAUUGAGAUGGAUAGUCAGGCCCCCGAGCCGGCAAUCCUUAUGCCAUCCUCCGCAGCAGUGUUGGCGCAGCCAGCCAAUCAGAGCAAGAGGAGGGUGGAGAAAGAAGCGUACGCUCUGGCCGAGUCCUCAGACACAGACGGGGACGCUCCUGUGGCCAAACAGAUGCUGUCCUAUGUCAUGGAUGAUCCGGACUUUGAAAGCGAGGAGUCUGACACACAGAAAGCAGCGAAGGAGUCAUUUCCCGUCAGGAAUGACCUCUCUGAACUUUCCGAUGAUGAUUUCAUUCCCUCUAAAAUGCCUGAGCCCAUGAAACCCACAGCGCUGUCUUUCAAAACCAAGAACGAGAAUGACCUCUUUGGUUUAGGAUUUGUGGAAAAAGCAACCAAAACCAAAGACAGCAGUGAUGAGCAAGAUGUGAAAGAAAGAAAGCAUUCCACCAAAGAGAAGAAGAAAAAGAAGAAGAAAAGCAAAGAGGAGGAGGAUAAAUCCAGCAAGAAGAAGCAGAAGCACAAGAAGAAAGAGAAAGAUGAAGCCGGAACAGGAGACGAGAAAGACAAGAAGAAGAAAAAGUCUCGGCCCAAGAAAAGCGGCAACUUGGACGACCUGGAGUCCUUCCUGGCAGGAGGCGAGGAGUCCACGAAGAGAGAUGAGUGCGACUAUGAGGAGCUGUAGAAGCCCAUCCACUAUGGUGAGAUGAUUAGGAGAUUGCACCACGUUUGGGUCAUCCAAUCCACGACGAAGGGGGAGAGGGGACUGCCUCCCCCCUUCAUCUUGAGAUCUGUGGCACAGCACUGGUCUGUCUUGUACGGUGGCUCUACCAAUGCCACUGAGCCACAACAAAGUGCAGAUGAGACUCCCAGCUCCCUACUCGGGUACAGAUUGCAAUAAGUACAGAUGCUACUGAAAGAUACUAUGUUUUAUCCUGGCUAACUAUCCUGGCUACUUUUUUUAUACUAGAAACCGGAAUUGCUGAGUUUUCUAUGCUGGUACUCUUCCCACUUUAAGACACACCACUCCAUCUUUAAGUUUGGUCUUGUUGUUGUAGGCUGUGCUGUAAUGCAUGCCUAAUGCUAAUUGCCUUAUAUAUUUUUUCUUGUUUUGCUGUUAGUGUAGAUAUGCAUUUUGUAUGAAUGUAAGAGUUGUCCAUUUUUUCCUGGCUAUGUGUAUAUUUGUUGUAAAGCGAUGAUAUGACUCCAUAUUGAUUUUUUUUUCUCUGACAUUAGAUGGUAAACAGUAGUAUGCAGCCUGUUUGAAUAAUGCCUUUAAGAAAAUCACAGCAAAAAAUGCAUGUUCAGGCUUUCUCCAUUUUGAAGUGGUCUUAUUGUAAUAUAUAUUAUCAUGUAAAGUUAAUUAAUUGUUAUUGUGUUAUAGCAGUAUUUCACACGACACCUUGUGGUCUUAAGUCAGUCUGUUGAACAACUUCAUGAAAUUUGGCGGCUUACAUUUUUCAGUGAAUACAGGUCCGACUUGUUAGAUGCCAUUGUACUUACUGGCUAAUGGGUAUAGUAGGAUAAUUGGGCUACUGAAUUUACAUACAGACUUUUAAAUUAUAAUUAGACAAUAAAGCAAGAAUACUGUACAUUUGAAAGUUAUUUUGUUUUUAUUUUAAAGAGCCAAUCAAUUUGGCAGUCUACUGUAGCCUUCAGGUAAAGAUUUGAUAGAAGUCAGCUCUGGUUGUUGAAAUACCACCACAGGGUAUGUUGUGGAUGGUUUCAUUUUGUAUACAAAGUUAUCCUUCUAUCUUAUUCCAUACAGUAGUUUGGGAAUAGGGAAAAAUAUGUUCCUUAACUCUAGCUAACUUCAACUUGUAGUGUACCCUGACAAAAGCGCAAGUUAGAUUUGUAUCACAUAUUUUUGUCAGGUAUUUCUGAUAUGUGCUUUUUCUUGCUGUGUUUAUGCACCAUUGUCUCUUGCCAAGAGAUUGCAUAAACCCAAUCUAUCACUACGGAUCUCACUACUUGCAGGCAAGCUUUUGUGACUGACCUGUGUGGGCAGUGCAGGCUGUGUGUGUUUUGACUGCAAAGGAGCAGCAGGGGUUGUACCACUCAGACUCUUAAACUCAAGGAUGGCCUCAAGGAUCUCCAUCUUGGUCAAACUGUUAUACAUAUACUACAUACCGAGUGAGUCUUUCGCCAUGAAACCGCAUCACCUGUGCCCACGGGGCUGUCUAAUCAUGAACUGUCUGCUUCAUGUCUCUUUGUCUUUUGCUAUUUUUUUUUUUUUUUACCUGUGUUCCGUUCUGUGUGUGACUGAAAUGUAGAGAUUAUUGGUGUCCCAAGUUGUCCUCCAAAAAAUGGUGACUCCGUUGCAUGCCUAAUUGUCAUGUAUGUCGUGUUGCCCCCAACAAAUACAGUGACGAGAGACGCACUUGUUAACAGCAAGCACAUGGCUGGCUUAUGAAGACAACCAUCUCAGCUCUUCACAAUAGACCUCAACUCUUUUAGAACACCAACAGAUGGCAAUAGUCUCAAGUACUUUGACCUACUCUCGUUUCCUCUAUUUUGAAGCUAUGCAUCAACCUAAAUGACAGUAAGCAUUUGUACUAUUUCCUCUGAACGCCACUAAAUGUCCAUUUGGAAGAAUUAAUGCACUAUCCUCCUCUGUGAGUCCUAUAUUCACAACAGAGACGGGGCAAAUCCUUGGAAUUUAAGCCUAAAUUAAUGUUUAUUCAAUAUCAAGAAAAUCGGUCAUCAGUACAUGUGUAUGCACUUGUGAAAUAAAUGCCAGCACAUUUUUUUACAGUCAAAA